AUGGGUAAAGCAACAAGGGUGAGACAAUUGAAAGAGAAGGUAAAACAAGAAAAAAAUGACAUUGUGGGAAUUCAGGAGACCAUCAAGAAAGACUUCUCGGAUCAUGAGCUACUUGCUCUAGCUCCGAGGGCCAAUUUUGUGUGGAAUUGGAUACCAGCCAAGGGCCAUUCUGGGAGGAUUUUGCUUGGGGUGAAGAAUGAUAUCCUGGAAGUGGAAAACUGGGAUAAAGGAGAAUUCUUUAUGGGGGCUACUGUCAGGAAGAGACGCAACAACUUCAGAUGGCAUCUAAUGGUGGUUUACAGCUCGGCACAACAUGACUCAUCCAGGGUCUUUUUGGGGGAGCUAAAAGAUAGGUGUGAGAACUACCAGUUACCUAUUCUCAUGGGGGUAUUUCAACCUGAUCAGGUCACUUGA